AUGGAACCUGCGAGCACUGGAGUUGCCUACGCAGGCCAGCUCGCCGCCGCUUUAUUCAAGGGCAUAAAACACCCAACGCUACCCCUCAAGGCCAACCUUACUCGCAUAUCGUCGGUUCCACUCGCCCGCUCGCACCACACCAUAUGCACUGUCAAAGGUCGAGCAUACAUAUUCGGUGGAGAAGAUGAACCAGGAAGGCUCGCGAGCAAUGAUAUGCACAUUGUCAUUCUACCCUCUAGCGGCGUCCUCGAAGCAGACUAUACCACGAUUCCUGCGCGAGCACUGAACGGACUGGACGAUGUUCCAGGGUCGAGAAAGGGACAUACCGCAGUUGUCAUUGGAGAUAGCAUGUAUAUGUUUGGUGGAGAGGGAGAAGGUGUUGAGAACGAGAAGGGAAGGGUAUGGGUGUAUGAUACCAUUUCAAAUGCGUGGUCGAUUCUCGAUCCUGCCUCAAGUUCACUGUUCCCAAGCCAGCGCACUGAACAUGCUUCAGCCAGCUCCAACCUUCCGGAGCCAAAGACGAAAACGUUUCGCGAAAGAGCGCCUCAAGCGCCAGUAGACCCGGCCCAAAACGUCCCAGAACCAGCGGAAGACAGUACCUGGGGCACCAUCUUCGUAAUUGGCGGUCGCGACACAUCAACUAACCAGCUUUCAAAUGACGCCCUGGCUUUUGAUGUAAAGACACGAACAUGGAGUAAUAUCCCAUCUCCAGCAGGCCAGCCGCGAGAUGGCGCAAGCUUGGCACUCGUAGGCGACCAUCUGUAUCGUUUUGGCGGCAAAGGUGUUGAGACAUUCGCGUCAGGUGGCAUGGAAUCUCUUGAUGUAUCACCCGUCUGGAAACACGCAGAAGGCGGCACUACACCCCUCACUGGCGGUUGGGCCUGGGAAGAGGUCUCACACAAAGACUCCAAAGACAGUUCCGCACCACAAGCGCGCUCCAAGGCUGGCCUUGUCGGCUUAACUACAGGUCAAGGUCGACACUACCUCAUUGCUAUCGGUGGUGAAGGCGAGGCUACAAGUUCAAGCUUUCUUGAUGAUAUAUGGGCUUUCCAACUCGCGUCUGAGCGUAAGUCGGCUGCAGCGGCGAAAGAUGACUUUCGCGCGAAGAUCAAGAAAGACACACAUGAGUCGAAAUGGGCAGAAGUGCAUUACAAGUACGUCGAUACGAAGGGCGAGGAAGAGAGGGAGAUUCCCGGCGAGCCAAAAAGCGGCCUUGGCGCACGAGGGCAUUUUGGCCUUGCGAAGGGGACAGAGGUAGAUGGCGCGACUUGUGUAGUCUGGGGAGGUGUGGAUGCGCAGGGUCAGGUCUUGGAAGACGGGUGGAUGAUCACUGUCGAUAGGUAG